ACCAUGACGCAUUGACGUCAUUCAAUAAACAAGAUGGCGGAAACUCGAUAUGCCUCGAAGUUUUCAAGAGGAAAUUUUGCAUCAACUCGUAAAUCAUCUACUGCCGAUCGCGCUUUAGUUAGAGCUUGAAAGAAAUGUGAGAGAAGACGCUUCGGUACUGAAUUUUAAUUUCUAUUUUUCUAGCUUGUGCUUCAGAAGUUCAGACUGAUUGAUAAUGGGAUCAGCAAAUUCAUCAACCAGCGGCCCUGCAAGAGAGCCUGCACCCCAUGAGUCGGCGCAAGUCGAACAGAAUUUCCGCUCUGACAAUGAGCGAGUUAUGCAGCUUGCUCGGGCAAUGACAACUGCGAAGAAAAGACGUCACCAAACUCCGGCAUCAUUGAUGGCUAGUCAGGGAAAUGACUUUGAAACGUACAAUGAGAGCAUCUUUAUUCUGAAGCAGCUUUUCAAGCGCAUGGAUCCAGCAGUCACCAAGACAUUGGGAGAUGCCAAGGGAGAGGUGAAACUAUCCUUGAAAUAUGAUAAACGAAGGAGUAUGCUUCUCGUCAAAGUGGUAUCUGCAAGGGAUCUCAGUGCAAAGGACAUCAGAGGGCGCACAUCUGAUCCAUAUGUUCAGAUGGAACUCAUUCCUGACCUCCAUGAUGAAGGGAAGAAGUCAACUCAGUAUGUCAAGAAGACUCUCAAUCCCACCUUCAAUGAAAUCUUCACCUUCAAGCUGAGUGAAGAGGACAUUGCAGAGACUCAGUUGAGAGUGAGAGUACUAAGUCAUGAUCCGUUUGGGAAGGCUGACUUCAUAGGGGAGAACAUCAUCCAACUUGGAAGCAUGGAUUUCAGUGACAUCAUCACCAGCUGGUUCGAUUUGCAACCAGAGACUGAUCUGGGCAUCCAAGGAGAGCUCGAGAUCACCUUGACCUACCAGCUACCAGACACCCUGAAGGUCAGAGUUCAUAGUGCAGGAGGACUAGUCUGCAGGGAUGCUAAGAAGAUGCCACACCCCUACGUCAAGGUCCUGAUUCCAGGCAUACACAAGGUGGAGGAGACCAAGGUCCAGAAGAAGAUGCUGGAUCCCGUCUGGGAGGAGACCUUUGACUUCACGCUGGCUCAGGAGGAGUUCACGAACAGAUAUUUGGUCCUGCAUGUGCUUGACAAAGCUCUAGUUGGAGACAGUGAGGACAUGGGACAGGUGUUCAUUGAUCUGGAUAAUUUGGACAUCAGUCAGGGGUUCUCAGGAAAGUUCCCUUUGGCAGACUUGAAAAACUCUGAGAGGACAAGGACCAAGUGGUCACAGACUGCUACAGUGCAAGAGUUCCGGGAAGCUAUGUAUGCCCACUCUGUAUACAGGUACCCAGGCUUAGUCUUUCAGAAGCAGAGAGGCAACAAGGUGUUGACAGUCCACAGUCGUAAGGCAGGGUCUUCUGCAAAGGUUCGGAUCGUUAAUGGAGUACCAACUUGAAAUUCCCUUUCAUCAUCAUCAGCUGGUCAUGCAUAGUCUGAACUCUGAAUCCAGAUGCACUGGGCCUGACUAAAGCAGAUAUUGAAUGUGGUUGUAAAUAGUUGUAAACUAUUUUACAUCAAUAUCUAAUGCAACUCCGUGCCACUGGUCAGUAUUCUUGAAAGUGGACUAAACUACUUAGGCCACGUUUAAACACAACUAAAAGCAUUGAAUAAGUCCAGCCAGUUAUGAAGUACUAAAUGUCAACCUCUACAUCAUCUGUUUAAGUUACAAUAAUUCAGUGACUAAAUUAAACCACAAAAAUAUUUUCACAAUGAAAUAUUUUGUUCUCACUUUCAUUGAAUGAUUGAAUUAUUUUCACUUUUGGGAGUAUUUUGUUACACAAUUAGAGUAAUUUGUUCAAAAUGAGAUUGUUGACAUCUGGUCUUCUAUAAGUCAGUGGACUUUUAAAGGUGAGCCAAGUUUGAUUUAAUUCAUUUUUAAGAAUAAUAGUCGUGACUCAUGAGUUUUACCCCUUUCGGAUGCAGGACUCCUUACUUGAAAUGCAGUUUUCUGACGCAGUCUUCUCUUUUAUUCAAAAUCUGUAUUCACACUUCUCUCCAUACAAUGAGAUAGUGCUCCAACACAAAUACAGGAUCAAAGGACCAUUAAUCUUUUUUAUAUUAAGCACAUUAAUAUCAGAAAUCCUAGCAGAUAGGGUUUGGGUGGUUUUGUUUUAUUUGUGCUUUUAUUUGUAUAAUUGAUGACAAACAGGAUUUGUGUGUGUACUCAUAUGUAAAAAACAUAUUUAUUCUCAAUGAAUUCAUUAGAAAGGACACAUAUAUUGGGUGAUUUUUUUUAAAGUAGGGUAGGAAUAAUCAUUCAAAAAUUCACCUUGAGCUCCAUUUUAUUGUAUGCAAUUUUGAGUAUGUAUAUGCAAUUAUUUAAAUGAUAAUGUCUAUUAAUUGAAAAUUGAAGUAGCAAAAUAAAGUUUUUUAAUUUUCAUCAAUAUUUUUUUUUAUCAGUAUCAAUACUUUCUGUCAAUAUUUGCUGUAAACAAUGAUGUAUGCAUGGUCUCAUUGUUGACUAUCAUUUUCUUCUACUGAAUGAAUUUAAGUAUUCAGUAACCAACAUGUCUCUGUUGUACUCAUAGUUAUAUAGCUAACUAUGCCGUAAAAUGAGUUUGCUAGUAUGUAUAUUAUUUAGUGGUUUGAAUGAAGAGGUAAUAUUAAAGUAAUUAUGACAUUUCUACAAUUUUGUGAAUUGUAGAAUAUUCUCCUUGUAUAGAUAGAUUAUAUGUUUUUAAUAUUCUUAUGAUAUUGUAUAAUAUUUGUUUGAGUGUGCAAGUGUGUGUUUAUGUUUGUUAAUAUUGGAUUUCACAUGUACACAAAAUUGUAAAAUCAGGAAUAAUAGGAAAGAAUGCAACUCAUCUCAUAAUUUUGAACCAUGUGAAAUACAUUUUGAUGUAACAAAUACAUAGAUAAAUUUAAGAAUAAAGGAUAUAUUUCUGA